UCUAGAAUUAUUUGAGAAGUUUGUCAUUCUGCUAGUGAGUAAAUUGUUACCCAUAUCUUCAUCGAACUAGAGUUGUGAAAGCGAUGGCAGCAAGCCUGUGGCCGUUAAAACGACAGAGAUCGAGGUACUACAAAUGUGAAAAGCCUUGGCUUAAAGACAUGUUCGGCGAAUUCGUCACUUUUAUUGAAGUCCCAGGAGACGUGAGAGUGGAACUACAAGUCCAAACCUCACAGGGAAAUGAUUAUACUCUUAGAAGUUAUCUUCCGCCAAAUUUCCCUCAUGGUUGUCCAGCUUUAGUGGUUUCAAAUCCAGGUUCACCGUUAAAAGAUCGAGAUGGGUCGACUGAAUUAAAGUCAAGUUUUCAAAACCACUGCUAUGAGUCUUCAAGGUAUGGUCUCACGCAAAUAUGUCACUGUAGACCGGAUCGAUGGGAGAGCAAAGAGAUGGAUCUGUGUGAUGUGUUAAUGAAAGGUCUUAUCUGGUUAGAAGCCUAUGAAGCAAUGCUGAGAACUGGCGAAGAUAUUGGGACGUUCUUGAGGGAGAUGCCUGCGAGUGAAGACACUCUUGAACGAAUAAGAGGAAAGGCGAAGAAAGCAGGAAGACAUGGCGAUAUUGGAGCCUUCUGCUUACACUUUGAUCGUCUGAUGUUCGAAUCUGGAAGUGAUAAUGUAAAUGAAGUAAUAAAAAUGUUUGAACAUUUUUUAUAUGAAGAAGCACAAGCUAUGGAAUCUUGAAUAUUCGAUCCGGUGGUUCCCGUGCUUCGAUCCACCGUAACAGUUCCAUUCCAGAAUUUCAGGUUUUAGAACAAGCCAAUCAGGCGUUACCAUAUUGAUAUUUUUUUAAACGAUUAUAAUCAGUCAUCUUACUCCAUACUUAAUUAAUCACGAACGCUACACGAAAUUUACUUUUGGAUUUUGCACAUAAUAAGAAAGCUGCUCGAAACUUUCGCAUUUUGACGUGACGUCACAGCGGCCAUGUUAGCCUCCUUUGCAGCCGUUCUUAGGGUCGUCACGCAACGUUUCCCUCGUUGCGUGACGACCGUAAGAGUGGCUGCAAAGGAAGCUACGGCCAUGUUGGUGCACCAAAACAUUGAAUUUUCUAUCCUCCGGGAAUUAAACUCUAUUUUUAUGCAAAAAACUGUGCGGAAAGUUUCUAUUGUUUGUUACACAAAUAUGGCUGCCUUGUCACGUUAGUGAAAACGCUCUAUUGGACGAGAGCUAAUUUAUAUUCGUAAUUUGUAUUUUGCUGAUCGAUGCAUGUGGGAUGAUAUCUGGCAGUGGGCACGUGCUCGAUUUAUGAUCAUGCGCAUAUGUGUGUACACAUAGAAUGAGUAACUAAGUAUAAAAACGGUUUGUUAAAAUUUGCUAAGAUCCAGUAAGGAAUUGUAAGCAUUAUUUUUAAUUAUUUGUAUUUGUUUAUAAUGUGUAAUUGUGAUUGUUAAUAAUAAUCAUUAA